CAGCCAUUCAUCCACAAUUUGAAGGGCACGCCAUAGUUAUAUUGUUGCCUAAAAUUGCCCGGCCCCGACCAUUGCUGCGCAGCAGCUAUAAUUUUUUCUUGAAUGAGCUCCUUUGAGCUAGCCUGGAAAUCCAGACCCAAAUCUAGAAAGAUUUAGGGUCUGGCCAUGAGUAAUGAAAAUGGCCCAACUCGAGGGGCGGCACCAAGCAUGCAUUUGAAAAUAUCACUGCACGCAAUUGGAUAACACUCCGACUAAUCAGAACAAUACACGAGGUGACGUACACGCUUAGCUACCAGCGGAGCUAACUGGUAGAUUAGACUCUUGCCGUAUCCGGUCAGCAAAACAGCAAAAACGUGCUUCUUGCAAAGGAAAGACUCGAGCGCCGUCUUCUGUUCCUCUUUUAGAGAAAAAGCCAAGUCUAACUCGUUCAUUGUAGCGACCAAAGCCAUUUCAAACAACUGGUGUUCAUCCGUAGCCAUCUCGCAAUGUUUACUGACUGAUUCCGGACUUCGUUGUCUCGGCGCUGUCGUCAUCUGUUUAGCUCGCCUCUGGCCCGCCUAUAUCAGAUACACCGAUGUGAUUGGUGCACCUCGGUUCCAAGGGCAUAGAUAAUGAGCAUCCAGAGUGACUCGCUGGGCAAAUUCAAAUUGUGCUCUCGCGAGAACUCUGGAUUUCCAGGGUACCUUUGAGCUGCUCAGAGUCUGAAAUUUUAAAGGUUAUUUGAUAUGACAUUUUAUAAUGAGCUUUACUUUCUUUCUCUCCAUCAUCUUUACGCUUUCAUUUUAAUUAUUCUGUCCAUUCUGUGUCCAGGUAUAAGGACAAGGAGAGCGAUGCAUCCAUGUCAAUCUUGGAUAUUGGGUUGCUUACUGGCUUCACUCCCAACACAAAUGAGCUCGACUUGUUGGCUAAAGGACGUGCCCGCACCAUUGUAAAAUAUGAGAUGAACACAGUCCUGUCAGAAAGAGGCUCACUCAUCAUCUACCUGGACAAGGUUUCUCACACAAGACCCGAGGAGAUCAGUUUUAGGAUCCAUCAGAAGCUGAAAGCGGAAGUCUUAGAACCAGCUGCUGUGUCUGUCUAUGAAUACUAUGACCGUGAG